AGUGUCAGUAUGCGGCAGGUCGGCGAUUACACCAGACGUCGAUCCUGUUCCCUUGGAAAUACUUGGUAGGCACUACUUGUAAACUAGCGGUGUUGCGGUGGAAACGAGUCCAACAAUAGCAUAGCCUACCUACCUUGAGAAACAGCAAACUCGAUUUUUUCUUCGAAUGAGUCUCGAACGUCCGCAUAGUCGAGCAUCAUCUGGAAGUAGGGGUCCACCACCAACGCCCCCGCCAACCUACCUGUGGGAGGAAGUGCGACGGAGCAAGAGCAGAGGGGGCUAUCCUUGGACUAUUCUGUAUAAGCCUCCUCUUCCAGACUACCUUGACAUUGAAUUGCUCUUGAAAGGGGAGAUUUCGAAUGAAAGAUUUGCGGGCGACAAAAUCAGAGGGCGGUCUGCUUACGGAACUGACAAGAGAACACGCAUUCGCAAUCGACUGCAAGAAAGAGAGAGGACUAGAAGAGCAAGAAGCGAGCCGACGCCUAGUUUGCCAAGCAGCAGCACCAUUUCUUUAUCGGCGGCCAUGGAUCAGGCCAUGGCUGUCGAUCCGUCGGUGCAGUCGGAUGAGCUAGAAGAUUUCCCGCUGCCCGACGAGGACAUACCGGAUUUUGUAAUGGCUUACUUGCAGUCGGACAAGGGAAACCUGGAUGAGGAUAUUCCUGAUCACAUUCUGGAAUACAUCCAGAGCCGUGCGGCUAUUUUGGAAAAAAAUCAGCUCCAGCAGGCGAAGCAAACCGACGACGACAUCUUUUACACCAAAGAAGAAUUGCGGAUCAUUGAUGAAGCUCGCAAGCGACUGGAAGAACAGGGAGAGUUGGACAUCGAUCCUUCGGCGACCAUUGACGAGGACAUGAACGCCUUCGAUCAUUUUUUUCAACGCACAACCGCGGGACAGGAGUCCGCUGCGGCUUUUCAAGAAAACGCAAGUCAAAUUCAACGGAAAGAAACGAGGCCAGAACCAGCACCCACAAGUAAAAAAUCCAGUAAAGGAGGGAAAUUUAAUUUUUCAAACAUAACUAUACCCAAUAAGGCGCAGUUAAACAUUAAACUACCUAAAUUUGGACCUGGUAGAAAAAAAGUCAAGGAUGCCAAUAACACGGAGCUGGACCAGCAAGAACCUGAAGAGGGUGUAGUAAGCCCCGGUAAACAAACUAAGCCUCGGCGGCCCCACAGUUCUAGCCCGAUGAGACAAAAGAUUAACCAACAGUUUGAAAGCUGGAACAACAGUUUAAAGAAAUUCAAGGCAUCAAGGAGCGGCCGUAAUAAUGGCGAUGGUCAAAUCAAAAGCUUCGUAGCUCUCCUGCCGGGACGCUCCUCGAAGGCAACCAAAUCGAAGGAACCCGAGAAUCAAUACGAAGAAGUUGGACCCCCACGCUCGGAUCCAGCUUCUCCAAAGGCGACCGAGUGCAACCCGCCAGAUAAUUCAUGUUUAAAGGCUACCGUCGACAGCGCCGAAGAAAAAGCCCGGCUCUCUCCUAGCCAUGAAAACAAUGAAGCCGAAGAAACAAUGGACGAUAUUGAAAACCUGCCGGAAUCGGAAGAAGCCGAAGUCAUAAGGGGUGAUGGAAUCGUUGUCGACAGAGAAGUCGCCGACGUGAUAGUGACCCGGGGAGAGUUUGUCGACAUAGACAUCGACGAAAACUUUGAAGACGACAAUGAAGCCAUGGACGGCCCGACAGAAAUCGAGCAGGUCGACGGAGAAGAUAAAACUGCCGUUGCAGAGCCCACGGGAUUCGCCGCGCGCAGUCGAAAAGCUUACGAGCUUACCAAGUCGAAAAUUCAAACAAGUUUGUCUAAAGAGCAGCUUCAGGCAACUCGAAAUAAACUCCAGUCGACCCUGUCCAAGCAGAACCUGCAAGCCACCCGCAAAAAAGUGCAGUCGACUUUGUCAAAGCGAAAUCUGCAAGCCACUCGCGAUAAGUUACAGUCAACCCUAUCGAAGGAGAAUUUCCAAGCGACUCGCAACAAACUUCAAACGUCUUUAAACAGCACUUUGAACCGGAAGAAGAACAAGACUCAAGAGCCAGCGCCUCAGUCGGUUCCUCAGGACAGCAUUUUCCCCACUUUCACUCAGGGAGACGAAAGGGAAUACGAAACUUCAACACCUGUUGAAAGGAAAACAAAGGAUUCAAUCAUCCAACACAACAACCAGCCAAUGCCUGAGGAGGAGGAAUUCGAUUCCGAACCUCCGACUGUUAAACAGAGAGCUAAGCACAGGGAGACGACUAUUCAGCCGGUGGAAAAUUCGCCUGUGCAGUUGACUCAUGGCAAUGAAUGUGAAAAUAUCGAAGAAGAAACAGAAGAGGAUCUGGAGGACGAACUGGAACCUAAAUUAGAAUUCUCAAUCCACGGCUCUGAUAGGCCGCAACCAUCUUCCGUGAGUCAGUCGACAGAAACACUUCCUGAGGAUGAAGCCGAAUCAGACAAGGAGAACGUGGUGGUUCGUCCAAAACGCCAGCGUUACCGCAAUCGCCGUCACGGUUUCCAUGAAGAAUUCGGUCGCCCACAAAGCGCCCACGUCGAAUCUAAUAUUAGAUCGUCUUGGGUUGAGAAGACAAAUGCUUAUCCGACAAUCAGUCAAGAAAUGCUAUCAGCUUUCUGUGCUCCUGUCAACUCGCUAGAAGCUGUCGACAACAGCUGGGGAUCCGGACGCAAACCCGACAGGCCAGUUCGAUCACGAUCCAAGAAGGAACUCAACUCGGCAUCGGACGACCAUUUCUAUUCGAAUGUCCCUCCUCGGCAUAACAAACGCGGCCACAAAAAAGGUUCAAUUGAACCUUCGAACGAGGAUAAUCAUGUGAAAACGUGGCCCCGUAAGGCGCUGGCAACUGAGAAACCGGUUGUCCCCAAGCGCUGCAAAUCGAAAAUGGCGAAGAAGCCGCUUUUCCCCGUGUGCAGCAAUUAUCAAACUUGGCCGAGGCGAUCGAUGGUUCAUAGUCCUCCGACCGCUCCUAAACGCGCUCGCUCCAGGAGGAAAGUGAACGAGCAAGACGUUUCCGAUGUGCGAGACAUAGAAGGACAAAUCGAGAACGCUGCUAGUAACAUCCUUAUUGACGCUGAUACGCUCUUUGGUGCCGAAUCGCGUUUUAUUGACGAAGAUGGCACAGAUUUGGAUCGGACGCAAUCACCCCACAAUGAGCAAAUGGCCAUCAUAGAAAGUGGCACAUUAAACUAUAAUCUUCCAGGAGAAUCGCCCAGUGAAACCAAAAUUCUCAACAGCAAUAAAAUUCCAAAACCAUUGGCACCGAACAGGCGCAAGAAUAACAAGAGUGACUCUCUGCGCAAGGCGAAACACUCGGCGGCUGUUAACUACUCGGACGCUACAUGGCCGAGAAUGUCGAGAACAAUGCCGUCCGUUCCACAGCGCCGCAAGCCCAGCGUCAAGAAAACAGAGAAAACGGAAACCGUGGUUCACUUGGAUCUCGAGAAACCGUCUAAGAAAUUGCCGACAGUCCCCGCUUCAACGCCUUCGGAAGAUCACGAAACCAACGAACACGGAGACGGGGAAAGCGCCUCUUCCGUCCAAGCGGAUUUAGAUCAAAUUUUGGAAAUUUUGGCCUCCACUUUCCCCCAAGAAGCCACUCCCCAAGAGCUCAAAGACAACGAAAAAACUGGAGAAAUAGCCGCAGAGCCGGUGGUCAAUAGCAAUGUCGUCACCGAUGUUGACGAUAUCAUCGAUGAGAACCCUUAUGCGGAAAUUAAACAAUUUCAAAAGAGAACUCCUCCGCCACGACCUCCUCCACCGAUUUACGCACCUGCUAGUACUUCGUCGUAUUCUUACAUUUACACUGUUCCACGUCGAAAGAAAGGAAUCAGCAACAGCGUUUCUCCGGAGAGACCGCCCAGGACAUACUGCACUAUUCGACCGCAUCGACCGCCACGAAAACAUCGACCGCGUACUCCAAACGAGAUCGUUUUUGAAUCGACAGAUCAACCCGAAUCAAGUCUCGCUAGAAGGCAUUCAUUUUCGGGUGGCGAUGAAGCCAAUAAAGAAGAGAGGGACUUGCAAUCGGCUCCGAUUGUUGAGCGAAUGCGAGCACGACCCUUGCCGGCCCCGCCCAGAACAAAGCGGCAGAGAAGUCGCAGUCCUCCGCACAAGCCGCCUCGAAGUCGUACAUCGUCUUUGAAGCGCCACAAUCCUACGCAACUGGAAGACACUUGCAUACCGAACGAGGAAGUUGCAGCGCCAGAAAACGCGACAAAUCAACUGCAGGCCAGUAACAUAGAUGAAUACGAGCCAAUUGAAAAUCCCGCUCAAAUAGAGGAAAUAUCAGUGGGUAUUCAAACUGAUCCAUUGCCAGAGUACGACGAGUCGGUCAUCAUCGCCGAACCAAAUGAAAUACAGUUGGACGAGACACCAGAGAUUAACAAUAACCUAAUAUACGAACAACAGCAACAAGUGAACGCACCAGCGAGAGACGAAAGGCUUCCGCAAGAGCAAGUCGAACCACCUCCUCUGCUUGAACCGGCAAUAAUGAACGAACAGGAAGACAAUUCUUGCCCGCAAAUCAUUUGGUCAGCUGCGAAUUCUCCCGACCCUGAUCCCGACCCAAUCCGUGAUCCUACUCCUGUUCCCGAGCCCGUUUUGCUUCGCGAGACCGUUCCUGAAUCGAUUGUUGCUCCAUCCCACCAGCAACAACAAGUCCGGGCUACUCAAGUGACGAAAGAAACGCCGAAUAAGAGUAGCACUACUACCUCAUCUCGAAACGGAGAGGAUGAGGAGGCCGACUCUUUCUCACAGAUCCCGGCACAUUUUCACCGUUCAAUUGCUCCGUUGCCUCCGAUACAUAUCGAUUUCCCCACUCGCCUGCAAUUAUCUGAUCUUGAUGUUGAGCGCUUAAACGUACGGGAAGUCAUGGCUGAGCGCCUGAUCGUUUCCUCCGUUGACACAAACUCGCUACAGGUGUGUCAAAUGACGACAUCAAACGCUUCCGGUCAGCUCAUGUUCAACAUCGGACCUGGGGUAACCAUCCCGUUAUUGACCAAUCAUCGAGAGACGAAUGAAGUUGACACAGAAAGGAGGAGUUUGCAAACCCAAACUUCUGAACCGUUUCCAUCGGACGUUCAAGUGAUACCGGAUGUGACAGUAAAUCGACAGGACGGAACGAAUCCUAGCACGUCAACACCAUCUGACAAAUUGGAAACGUCAGUUCCACAAGAAAUCGUCUCACAACGUGAAGAAGAGCCAAUAACUUUCAUGGAAACUCCUACUCCUUCGCGUGGUAAUGUGAGGGCUCCAGUGGCUCAUUCCAGCGAGGAAACUGGUGAUCGGACGAUCGGACCAACUGAAGGUUCAAGUAAUCCGUCAGUUAGUGAUUUGGCAAUGCAACUUGCAAAUUUAUCGGCCCGGAACAUAAUGAGUGGUGUCUGCGUUGCGGCUACAGAAACAUAUUCAAUGGCACAGCGAGUAGCUGAAUUAGGACUGCAACAGUUUAGCGACCACCUUCAACGCCGAGGAAUUCAAUUCGAUGAUAAGGAAAAGGAAGACUUGAAAGCUGUGUUACUUAUGUUAUUGAUUGUUGUGUGUGCUAUUUUCCUGCUCGGAAUGGGAAAACAAAGAAUAAGCAAUCACUGGGACUUUUACUUUCCCAAUUAAAACUUUUGACAUUUUCUUCCGCUUCUCUGACUAUAAUACUGCCAAAUGACAAAUUGUGCCUAACUUGAGACGAAGCAUUUCAGUCUACUUGGUGCAACCAAGAAAACCUUGUGCUUCAAAACUAUUAUUUAAAUCUAUCAUAUAUACGCAACAUUAGACGUUAAACACUGUGUGUGAGUUUUGGUUUCAUUCUAGCAAGUGUGUAUCAAUUAUAUAAGCUUAUGAAUACAAACGUUAAAAGGCCAAA